AGGCUCAAGACACCGGAAGCACCGAAGCCCGCCUCUGCACAAUCAUUGGACAGCGCGCGUGCGAUGACCACGCUGAUUGGCCAAUCUUUCCGUAGCCCAUUUACCUUCCUGUCCGCAGUUGGCGGCAGUGCCGUUUCGAAGACUCGCCUGCUGUCCGGCGUCUGUCGGCUAUCGGAGUGUAAGGUGUGCAAUGGGGAGCGGCGUGAAACAGGGACUGGAGCUCCGACGAUGCUAGGACUACCAUGGGCAGCGUUACACUGCGCUACUUCUGCUAUGGGUGUCUCUUCACGUCGGUGAGCUGGACGCUGCUUCUCUUCAUUUACUUCAACGUUAGCCAAGACAGCCAUGUGCCCCUCCAGGGGGGCAGCUCGUCGCUCCACUUUCCCAGGAAGUUCCAGCCCCGCUUCACUCGCUUGGCUGGCCGAGUGCCCAAGUCCAACAAGGACCCCGAGGCCGGACUGAAGAAGGGGGAGCUGUCGCCAGAGCUGGGUAUGAUAUUUAACGAGCAGGACCAGGAAGUGAGAGACACGGGAUACCACAAGCACGCCUUCAACGUGCUCAUCAGCAACCGCCUGGGUUACCACCGGGAGCUGCCAGACACCCGGGACCCCAAGUGUAAGGAGAUGAACUACGCGGGGGGGCUGCCCUCGGCCAGCGUCGUCAUCUGCUUCUACGACGAGGCCUUCUCAGCCCUGCUGCGGACCGUGCACAGCGUCUUGGACCGAACUCCUGCCCACCUGCUGCACGAGAUCAUUUUGGUGGACGACAGCAGUGACCUGGAGGACCUGAAAGCAGAGCUGGACGCCUACGUGGCACACCACCUGCCCAAAAACGUGAAGCUGGUGCGUAAUGAGCAGCGAGAAGGGCUCAUCAGGGGCAGGAUGAUCGGAGCGUCGCAUGCUACUGGUCAAGUGCUGGUUUUCCUGGACAGUCACUGCGAGGUCAACGACAUGUGGUUGCAGCCUCUGCUCGCCCCGAUUCAGGAGGACCGGCGGACGGUGGUGUGUCCCGUGAUAGACAUCAUCAGCGCCGACACUCUUCUCUACAGCUCCUCGCCCAUCGUGAGGGGGGGCUUCAACUGGGGCCUGCACUUCAAGUGGGACCCAGUCCCCCUGUCGGAGCUGAACGGCCCAGGUGGGCCCGUGGCACCGAUAAGGUCGCCAACGAUGGCCGGUGGCCUGUUUGCCAUGAACAGGAAGUAUUUCGACGAGCUGGGCCAGUACGACGGCGGGAUGGACAUCUGGGGUGGAGAGAACUUGGAAAUCUCCUUCAGGAUUUGGAUGUGUGGCGGUAGACUGCUCAUCUUUCCCUGCUCCAGGGUCGGGCACAUUUUUCGUAAGCGACGGCCCUACGGGUCACCGGGUGGUCAGGACACCAUGGCGCACAACUCCCUGCGGCUGGCUCACGUCUGGAUGGACGAGUACAAGGAGCAGUACUUUGCCUUGCGUCCCGAGCUGAGGAACCGGAGCUUCGGCGACAUCGCCGAACGUCUGGCCGUGCGGAAACGGCUCGACUGCAAGUCUUUCAAGUGGUAUCUGGAGCACGUCUACCCCGAGAUGCAGGCCGUGCCCCCCAACGGCAAAGCCCAGCAGCCCAUGUUUGUUAACAAGGGGCUCCGCAGGCCGAGGGUCCUCCAGAAAGGAAGGCUCCACAACCUGCUGGCUGACAAAUGUCUUGUGGCGCAGGGCCAGCCGACUCAGAAGGGAGGGAUGGUGGUGGCCCGAGAAUGCGGCCUGGAGGACGCCGAUCAGGUGUGGACGUACGACGAGGAGCAGCAGCUGGUCUUGGCCGGCCUGCUCUGUUUGGACGUGUCGGAGACUCGCUCGUCUGACCCGCCGCGUCUGAUGAAGUGCCACGGUUCUGGGGGCUCGCAGCAGUGGACCUUUGGGAACCGGCGCCUCUACCAAGUGUCUGUCGGGCAGUGCUUGACCCUCGUUGACCCCGGCAGCCGCAAGGGCUACGUCACCAUGGCGAUCUGCGACGGCUCUCGGUCCCAGCAGUGGCAGCUGGUGGAGUGACCAAAGGAGGGCAGGAGGGCGGGCGAGCGGGCAGGGCAGCAGUUUUAACAAUCAAUAAAAACAAAGCUUUUUAUCA